UGUCACAACUCCUCUCACCUGCACAUGUACCUGCUAAAUCUAGUUGACUUAAGCAACCCAUUAAAUUUGAUUAUCAUUGUUGUAAUACAUUGAAUUACCAAACAAAACACCACUCUCACUCCUCUCACCUUAUAUAUAAAGACCAUUCUCUUCAUGUUCUCCCCUCCCAUGCAAUGCAAGGAAACCCCUCCAAAAUGUCUCGCCAACCCCAACCACCACCGCCAAACCCAGCCACCGCCGAUGACAGCCUCACUUUCUUCAACCAAUCAAUGGAGCUUGUCAAUCUUCCCCCGACUCGAACCCGAACCCGAGCCCAUAUCUCUCCCACCCUCGGCGAACUUCUCAAACGUGUGGAAGAUGCUCAACACCAACACCACCACCACAACACCACCACUACCAUUGCUGAAAGUGAUGAAAAACAUCACGUUCUUGACCUCUCCUCCUCCUCUUCCUCAUCACUUCCCUCUCACCCAUUUUACCUCUCCUUCACCAACUUAACUUACAGCGUCAAGCUCCGCCGCAAGAUGUCCCUCUCCCGCUGUUUCACCUCCUGCCGCAAUUCCUCACCGGCAAACGAGCUACCAGAAACCAAACCCAGCGGCACUAAAAUUCUCCUCAACGGAAUCUCCGGCGAAGCCAGAGACGGCGAGAUCAUGGCAGUUCUCGGCGCCAGCGGCUCCGGCAAGUCCACACUCAUCGACGCCCUCGCCGACAGAAUCUCCAGGGAAAGCCUCAAAGGCACGGUGACGCUAAACGGCGACGUCUUGGACUCCAGCCUCAUGAAAGUCAUAUCCGCUUACGUCAUGCAAGAUGACCUCCUCUUCCCCAUGCUCACCGUCGAGGAAACGCUCACGUUCGCCGCCGAGUUCCGCCUCCCUCGCUCCCUCUCAAAGUCCAAGAAGAAAGCCCGCGUCCAAGCUCUCAUCGACCAACUCGGCCUCCGCUCCGCCGCCGCAACCGUCAUCGGCGACGAAGGCCACCGCGGCGUCAGCGGCGGCGAACGCCGCCGCGUCUCAAUCGGAAUCGACAUCAUCCACGAUCCAAUCAUCCUCUUCCUCGACGAGCCAACCUCUGGUCUCGACUCCACCAGCGCCUUCAUGGUGGUGAAGGUUCUCCAGCGAAUCGCCCGGAGCGGCAGCAUCGUGAUCAUGUCCGUCCAUCAACCAAGCUACAGAAUCCUCGGCCUGCUAGACCGUCUCAUCUUCCUCUCCCACGGCCAAACCGUCUUCACCGGAGCUCCGGCGAGCCUCGCCACCUUCUUCUCCGAGUUCAACCACCCCAUACCGGAAAACGAAAACCGGACUGAAUUCGCACUGGACUUAAUCCGGCAGCUCGAAGAAACCCCCGGCGGAACCAAAAGCCUUGUAGAGUUCAACAAAUCAUGGCAGUUGAAACACCAACGCGCCGUUGAUAACCACCUUGACGGAGUUAAAGUGUCGUUAAAGGACGCAAUCAGCGCGAGCAUUUCUCGUGGGAAGUUAGUUUCAGGCGCCGCUAACGGUAACGGCGGUAAGAACUCAACGGCGUCAGUUCCGACGUUUGCUAACCCGUUCUGGAUCGAGAUGGCGGUUAUUGGAAAAAGAUCUCUAACAAACUCGAGGCGGAUGCCGGAAUUAUUCGGGAUCCGUUUGGGUGCAGUUCUCGUGACCGGUGGAAUCCUGGCCACCAUUUUCUGGCGGUUAGACAAUUCCCCUAAAGGAGUUCAAGAGCGUUUGGGUUUCUUCGCCUUCGCCAUGUCCACUACCUUCUACACCUGCGCCGAAGCUAUACCAGUUUUCCUCCAGGAGCGUUACAUCUUCAUGAGGGAAACCGCCUACAACGCCUACCGCCGCUCCUCCUAUGUCCUCUCCCACUCCGUCAUCGCCCUUCCAGCACUCAUCUUCCUCUCCUUCGCCUUCGCCGCAACAACUUUCUGGUCCGUCGGCCUAGCCGGCGGAACUUCCGGAUUCUUCUUUUACUUCCUGACAAUUGUAGCCUCCUUCUGGGCUGGGAGUUCGUUUGUGACAUUCCUCUCCGGGGUGGUGUCCCACGUGAUGCUCGGUUUCACGGUGGUUGUGGCGAUCAUGGCUUACUUCUUGCUCUUCAGCGGAUUCUUCAUCAGUAGAAACAGAAUCCCUACGUACUGGUUAUGGUUUCAUUAUCUGUCUCUGGUGAAGUAUCCUUAUGAAGGGGUGUUGCAGAAUGAGUUUGACAUUCAGCCGCCGCGGUGUUUCGUGAGGGGUGUUCAGAUGUUUGACAGUACGCCGCUGGGCGAUGUGCCGGCGGCGUUGAAGGUGCAGCUGUUGAAGAGUAUGAGUAAGACGCUGGGGGUGAACAUCACGAGCUCGACGUGCGUGACCACGGGAGCGGAUAUACUGAGGCAGCAGGGGAUCACGCAGCUUAGUAAGUGGAACUGCUUGUGGAUCACUAUUGCUUGGGGGUUCUUCUUUCGCUUCCUGUUUUACUUGGCACUCCUGUUAGGAAGCAAGAACAAGAGGAGGUAGAGAAUGGAUGGUCCUACUCAUUCUUCUGAAGAAUAACAAGCAAAUCCAGAAUGCAACAUGAAAAAAAGGAACACGCUUAGUUUAUGAUUGUGGUUAAUCAAGGUUGUUUUGGUUCAAGUUUGAUACGUUCUUGUGCUUUGAUUUCUUUGGGAAAAAAUAGUACUACUAUAAUUUUCUCUUUUUUUUUUGUUAUAAUUUAUCUCAAUUUAUUUAUGUACCUACACUUUUCUAUGGGUAA